AUUUCAUCAAUCGUGCAGGCACUCUCUUAUCCUCUCCUCCCACUCGCCUCCCUCGCUCCCCCAAAUUCUCCGCCUCCUCCGCAGCGCGCCGCGGCCGGCGUGCUUCCCUCAUCGGCGUUGCCCUAGCUCCCCCGGCCGGCCCCUCGGUCGCCGUCGCUUCCGGCGCGCGCUAUGCCAUGAGCAGAGACCUCGAGGACGGGCAGGGCGCCGUCGACACCGUUAUUGAGGCAGCAGCUGGAGGAGGGGAGGGGAGCAGCGAGGCGGCGGCGCGCGGUGGCGGUGGCGGCGGAGACGCGCACGACAACGACGUCGUGAUGCCGGGGUUCCGGUUCCACCCCACGGAGGAGGAGCUGAUCGAGUUCUACCUCCGGCGCAAGGUGGAGGGCAAGCGCUUCAACGUCGAGCUCAUCGCCUUCCUCGACCUCUACCGUUUCGACCCAUGGGAGCUCCCCGCAAUGGCGGUGAUGGGCGGGAAGGAGUGGUUCUUCUACGUCCCGAGGGACCGCAAGUACCGGAACGGCGACCGGCCAAACCGGGUGACGGCGUCGGGGUACUGGAAGGCUACGGGCGCCGACCGGAUGAUCCGCGGCGAGAACAACCGCCCCAUCGGGCUCAAGAAGACGCUCGUCUUCUACUCCGGCAAGGCCCCCAAGGGCGUCCGCAGCAGCUGGAUCAUGAACGAGUACCGCCUCCCACCGCCGGCAACCGACGCUGACCCCUUGACCCCCAAGAUGAUACAGUCCGAGAUCUCGCUCUGCCGCGUCUACAAGCGAUCUGGCAUCGACGAUGGCCAUGGGCAGUCAUCCUCCAGUACCCAGCAGACUUCCUCCGGGCGGCGGAUCUCCUCCCGCACCAGCAUGCCGACCGGUCGGCAUGGAUCCUCACCGUCUUCCACGCCACUGUCACCGACGCAGCAGCUCAGCAGCUUCCAUCUACUCCAAGGGGAAUGCUCGUCUGCCUCACCGCCGGCGCCCAUCAUGGACCACCAAGUGGUCACCUUGCAAACUGCGCCGCCGCUUGUGCCUCCCCCAAGGCCAUGCACGUACGCGCCGGCGGCGACGAUAAGAUCAACAGCGGCAGCGCCGCAACGGGCACAGGGCGCGGCGGCCAUCAUCCCCUCCUCCACGUACUCACUGCUCAACAUGGCCGCCGGCGCUGCGCCUAUGGCCGGCAGCUCAAGGCCCAUCGAUGAGCUGAGCACGCUGGUUGGUCCCUGCCCCAGCCACUUCCUCCCCUUGAUGCCCGCGCCACCGCCGCCAAUGCCACAAAUGACGCCGCUCGGCGCGCUGCCAAUGGUGCUGCCACUGCCUUCUGUCACUGACAAGCUCAGCUGGGACUGGAACCCGCCGGUCCCUGACACGACAGCACGAGAUUACAAUGCCUCUGGUUUUAAGUGAGCCCAAAUAACUCACUGUUAAGUUCUGAAAACCUGCCAUCAGUGUAGGCUAACUUAUAUAUAUAUACCCUUCAAUCAGUGGACAGAGAUUACAAAUGCAUGUCAGUUAAUUAGUAUAUAUAUCAAGAAUUCUAAAUGGAUUUUUCAGGAACUGAAGAUAGUUGGUUUGUAAGCAUAAUGAGAUCACUUUAAAAAUCAGCAUCAGCAUGCCAGUUUAAUAAUUCACUCCCGAUUCUUCAUUCU